AUGCCGGGCGUCCCAACAGGUCGGGCCUGUGACGCGUGUCGCAAGCAGAAGAAAAAGUGUGACGAGAAACAACCUGAGUGUGGACGAUGUCUUCGUCUGAAAGUGAGCUGUGUGGGGUCCGGUCAGCAACGAUUCAAGUUCAAAGAGCAACAAUUUUCCCCCAAAUCAAAUCGAAGCGGUCAAAUGACUCUCACAUCAAGAUCAAAAUCAACAGAAAAAGUAAUUUUUUCUUUUGAAAUACCCCGGGCAUGUCCUGGCAAUAGUAUGAUGUCGUUGACCAAUUCGUUCGUCGGCGCCAUAAAACGAUCCACUGACCUCCGGUACAAUCUGUGGUGGGCUUUCGGCACUUUCCUGGAAGAUAUACCCCGACGACUCGGCAGCAACGAAGCACUCGACCACGCAGUUGACGCUGUAACCACUGCCCACGCAGGCUUCUGCACCGGUCAAUCGGUUUCGGCUGAGACACUAGCCAAGUAUUCAUAUGCGCUCAAGACCCUGAGAGUCUAUCUAGACCACCCAGUCCAGGCGAGUGCUUCCAGCACACUAUGUGCUGUCAUGAUACUUUUGGUCUGCCAAACAUUCAUCGGAAAUAACGGGCAAAUGAUAUCAGGACAUGCGCAAGGGGCCGCCAGCAUUCUGCACGCGCGAAAGAACUUUGGGCCACGCGAUGACUUUGAGCGUAAAUUGUUCCUCUCUUUACGUGGAAGCGUGUUAUUCGAGGGCUUAUACAAUGAUGCUGUCGACCUGAGCUCCGAGGAGUGGGAUUCCUUAGUCAAAAAUGACUUUGAUCAAGAUCAACCCGAAGGCCAGAUUUUGCGAUGUCUAGCGCGAGCCCCAGUUCUAAUGAGACGCGGCAAACAAGCUAUACGCGAUGGCGAAGAUUUGAUGCUAUUGACGAUGGAAGUCCGACCAAUAUACGAAAAAUGCAAAUUGAUCCUGGGCGAAUUGCAAGUACGAACAGUCGAAUUUGAAAAGUCCGGGCUCACUAUGACAGAAACCUUCAUGGGCCGUAUCUUGAGAGCACAUUAUCUCCGCACCCAUGGAAUUGGUCUCGCAAUCACGACAUUUUUCAAUUGCAUUCUCCAGGCAUUGGAUCCCAGUGACUAUACAUGCAUGGUAGAAUCGAAAUCUCUUGUUAAGGAAACUCUCGAACAUGCUCAGAAGUCCAAUGUUUACAGACCUGUUGGAGCAGGAUACGUGAUAAUGUGUCUCUCGGCAGCUUGGGCCGUUACUGCAGAUCCCGAACUGCGGUCAAUGGUGGAAGCCGCCUUGAUUGACUAUCAUGGUGACUUUGUGACCCGCGAUGUUGUGAAUAUACCCAAAGAGCUGGAACAGGCGAGUGUGAAUUUACGGCUAGGAUUGACUGCUCAGGCGAAUGCAAUUUUUGUCCCCUCAGGAUAG